GACUCAAACGGGGAAGACGGGGAAGUUUGCCUCUCAAAUUGCUCCCUUGUCGUUCGGACUCCGUACAGCAGGAAUGGCUACGUCACAGCACCGCGAUCCUGAGCGACAUGAGCUUAUACGUGUUCCUUUCGGCGUUCACAUCUUGACCCGUCUUGCAUACUGUACUCUGACUUCCCUGGAGGAAGAGGACGUCCUCAUUGUUCCUGACAACACGUAUCGAAAUGGCCUUCAAGAGACCCCUCGCCUUUCUGCUGCUUUGCUGCUUCGCCUGCUUCACGGUCAGAGCAGCUUCCGAAGAUGUCCUUCGGGGCAGAAUGGAGAGGCCGCAACUUGUCAGGACGUUACGGCAGAAUCAUCGCGGCGAGCACAUCGCAGAAAGCCAGCCGUCAUCGGCAUCAGAUUCCCCAAGCAGCAGGGGAGCAUACCCAAUCUAUCCUUCUCCUGCUCGCAGCGCAAGCCCUCGCAUGUCGUCUACCAAUCCGUCCUCCCUCCAUUCUGUUUCGACACCGCCACAAGCUCCGCGACCAAGGAAGGGCUUUGAGAAGGUCAAGGCAGAAGUCAAGAAGAAAGUGCAAAGGGUCGGCAAGACGCUCAAAGGCUGGUUCGUGAGCUCUCAUAGGCCACAUGGACAUCGCCAUCCCCCGCGACGGCAUGACAGUCGGAGCGGAGCAUGGCCUUUGUCCCCGACUCGGGUCUGACGAGCGAUCAAGCAAGGCCAGGAAUCGUUGUGCUUAUGCCUCGCGACUCCGAAGACCCUUGCUCCAUGUCCAGCUCCCCUCUACAUAUGCCUGGAGCAAACACUAACCCGGAUAGCAAGGCUUGUCAUUCCGCUUUGCCCAACGGCAACGCAAGCUACUAGU